AAUGAAACACUAGUUAGUAAUUGACCUGAUUUAUGCACUAAAAUGGAAACAAGUUCGUUUAAUGAUUUAAGAGUACGAUUAUUUGAAUGUUUCAUGAAAGACAAUGGAUGCAUCUAUGCAUGUCAGCCAGUCAUGAUCAGCAGGAUGUCCUCAUAACCUUGGAAACAAGCCAUUUAAAGAGAUCAAAUAACCGCGUCGGUAGUAAAUUCAUUUAUAACGUACAGCCGCGUAGUACUACGCAUAAAAACUUCAUAGUUAACGGCAUUGAUCUUCUAAAGGACGUUAAAUAUUUAUCAAAAUUUAAGCGAUUCGUAAGCGUAAGAUCGGGAUGAGCGAUAGGAGAGGUGCCAACGUCCGCCGAAGGUUGUUUGACGAUUCAGCAACGAACGAGGGCUGUGAACAGUUGAACAAUAUAAAUGGCGACGAAGGCAACGAACAGCUUCUGGAUCGCAAGCAAGAAGAAUGGAACUUUGAUUUUCGAAACGGUCAUCCUUUACCAGGCCGUUAUGCGUGGCAGGCAGUUGAGAACAGUUCACUAGCAGAAUCUAGUUUUACACCAAUAACAUCCAGAGGCAGAACAAGAGCAAGCAACAAUGAAUCAAUUGGAAGUGCAAGACAUACAACAUCUACAAGACAGGAUACAAGCAGGAUUGCAGAGACUAGCACGAGCAGAUAUUCACCGUAUAACCUAAGAAGCCGGUCGAGAGGAGGACGUAAUAGCAAUGAAAGAGGAUUUCUCCCAAUAGGAUAUACAAACAGAGAUCGAAGCAGUUCUAGAUCAUCAAACACAUCAAAUGAAAGACUUGAGGGCGACGUUAGGACAUGACCUCAAAAGGUUUCAACGAUGACCUCUUUACAUUGUUCUUUUUAGCUUUAUUUAAAUAGCUCUAUGAACUCUAGAGUCUGGUAUUUUGUUCUGGUUCCCUAAAUGUGUAAAUAAUUCAUAAAAUAAACAUGUGGGACGUUAAAUAUAAGUUACAUAGAAAUAAUUAUGUCUGACGGUAAUUGAAGGUAUCUUAAAAUAAUAUAUUCGAUAAACG